GGAGGGUAGGACUCGCCUUACUUUAUCCCAGAUAAAGGCGUGUAGCAUUACCCAACCCCUCCUUUUAGCGUCUCGGGACCGUAGUAGCCCGUCAACUUAUUCCCCCCUCCUCCUAAUUCCCCCGUAAUUCGCCACCAUGCCGCCCAAAAUGGACCCCACGGCCAUCGUGGACGUUUUCGUCCGCGUGACCGGCGGCGAAGUCGGUGCCGCGUCCUCGCUCGCCCCUAAGAUCGGCCCGCUCGGUCUAUCGCCUAAAAAGAUCGGAGAAGAUAUCGCUAAGGAGACCGCUAAGGAGUGGAAGGGGCUUCGCGUGACCGUUAAGCUGACGGUUCAGAACCGCCAGGCGAAGGUGUCGGUCGUCCCUAGCGCUGCGGCGCUGGUGAUUAAAGCGCUUAAGGAGCCGGAGCGCGACCGCAAGAAGACGAAGAACAUCAAGCACAACGGAAAUAUCUCCAUGGAUGACGUCAUCGAGGUGGCCCGCGUGAUGCGGCCACGGUCGAUCGCGAAGGAGUUGACCGGCACGGUGAAGGAGAUCCUUGGCACGUGCGUGUCGGUGGGAUGCACGGUGGACGGCAAGAGCCCCAAGGACGUGCAGCAAGAGAUCGACGACGGCGAAAUCGAGAUUCCCGCCAAUUAGAGACGCGCCCGCGCGCGGUUGAAAGACUCGUCGUCUUGGGAGAGUCGCUUUUCUUAUCCAGGCUUCGCCAGGUUCUGAUCGGGCUCGCAUCGGUUCGAAGCAGUUGGGAUCGGGUCGGACAAGUGGCGUGCUGUGCUGUGCUUGUGGUGGGGCUCAAGAGAGCAGAGUCUGCUUGCGCUGGAGCUGCGGGGGAGUCAAUUGGGGUGGCGGCAAUAGGCGUGGAUGCGUUGGUUGUGGCGGCAGGCGUGGCGCCUAGGCAGUAGGUGCUAUUGCGUUUGGGGUAGAGGCAGCAGUAGCCGCUGCUGCUGCUGCUGCAUGGCUUGGAGAUGGAUGCGGGGAGCAGCCGAGGCUGGGUAGGUGGAGUAGGGGUGUUGUAGUCGCAGUAGUAGCGUUGAUGGAUCUUUUGGGAGGAAGGCAGUCUCUUGGGAUGAAGCCAGUGGUCAGUCUCUUACGCGCAAUGGACUCCUUGUCUUUGGCUCGAGCCACCGCGUGCAGCGCUUACCACGUGUCGUGUGCAGAUUGGGUAAUGAGCUUCUCUUUACUGGCUAUAAGCUUCACUCCCUUCAUGCGUGCUCCGGCUCGUGACCCCUCGGGUGUGCGUGUGCGCUAGUGAGCUUGUGCGUGUGUGUACGUGUGUCAGUGCGCGUUUAUUCCUCGUGAGUUUCUUCCUACGUUCUUCCUUCGUUCUGUGAUACCAAUGACGUUCCUAGCGGUGCUUCACAGCGAAACACAGUGACAUGUGACAUUCUGGUUAACCCAUCAAUACAA